AUGCGCAUUCCGACAACUUCAGUCCUUCUAAUUCUCCCGGUCCUGGGAAUGGCGGCCGAGGGCGAGGGCCCUUUCGCACAAUAUCGUGCACAGUUUCAGAACUUCAUUGGCUCUGUCGGCGCAUACAUACAGGUGCCUACGCCGCUUUCGGCGAAGGUAGCCGAGGCUUCCUCGGGUGAUGCUGCGGCUGACCAAGCAGUAAAACCGGCCUCAGUCAACACUGUUGCUCGACCCACUGAAUAUCUGAAGCUGGAUGACUGGAAGGACAUACUCUACAGUCGCGUGAAACCUGACGCCACAGCUCCUGAGGAGUGGUGGGUACUGGUUACGGGUGGCAACAAGACGUGUUUCGGGCAUUGCGAUGUUAUCAUGAGCGCAUUCAACGAAGCCGCGCCUAAACUGUCGGUUAUUCUCGAUAGCCCGCACACGGCAGUCUUGGACUGUGAAGACCAGUCGGUUCUAUGCAACAGCUGGUCCGCCAACCCUGGCUACCUCUAUGUCUUUGAAUUGCUGCCUCAACCAGCUAAGACAGAUAUCUAUACAAAGCGGCUCAACCUGACAACGACAACUAGCAACACAAUCCAAGAAUUGUACGAGGGCCAUUCCAAAGAGGGGUUUGAGCUUCUUGACAGCUAUUUCCACCCACUUGAUGGCGCGCUUGCUACAUACGGCAUUGCUGUUCCUGUCGGUUACGUCCUUUGGGUUUUUGGCGUAGUUCCAAGCUGGAUGAUGAUGCUUCUUAUCUCAUUCGGUAGCCGGACAAUAAUUAAUGUCCUCUUGGGCAUCAGCGCGCAAGCGGGUACGGACGGCGUGGCGGUGAAGCAGACGACCAUGAACAGCCUCAGCAUUGAUAUCCGCGGCAAUCGCAUCAACGACAGCAUUGCGUUGGCGCUGCAGGUCGCGAUAGAGUGUGCGCACCUGAGGUGA